AUGGGUGAUAAUAAUUCCAAUAAUUCCGAUGGCAUGCAAUUAUUAAAGACUCUUCUCACUGCAGACGUGCCUUCUGAAGGAUCUGUCAUGCAAUCUAUUAGAAAUGUACUAUUGUAUCUAAUCAUAGAAAGUCAAUUCAUUGCUCAAUAACAAAUAAUAGAUAUCCAUUUUAUAAGAACUACAAUAGGCGUAUUGAUCAUAAGCUAUUAUGUUAGAAAUCUUGAUAAUGAGUUCAAAGAGAUGACUGACAAUACACUUAUGGGACUCAAUGCCAUAUAUUUUUCGUCUGUUGUCCUCACUCAAUUUAUGUUCACUCGAAAAGUCAGCAAAGUUGUUUUCCUCCUUAGUUGUGCUUAUUUCAACUUCUAUCUAAUCCAACCAAUUGAGAUUGAAUACAAACUACGCAAAUUGGCUUUGUAAAACACCCUUGCUGGUUAGGAAGUCAGGAAUCUUUAUAGAUUUUAUUUCCAAGAUCAUGAAUUCAUUAAGGAAAUGACAUAAAAAAGUGCAAAUUGUAUACAUAAGCUGAUGAGAUUAAAAAAUAAAUUUAUUCCAGGAAAUUAUGAUGUGGACUGCUCUUUUGUAAUUGUAUCUUAACUUAAUCAUCCUAUUUGCUUAAAACCAAAACAAUUAAUCAAACAUUUUCUAUUAAUUUAUAAUUCAUAAAAUCUCCAUAUAACCUGUGAGUGA